GACGAUCACGAUGAUUUGGUGUUCUCGCAGCUUGCGGAGGCGUACGGUGUUCCCGUUGAUGCCGCAGAGAAGGCCAUCCUGCAAAGGCGGGAAGCUGUCUCAACCUUCUACGAACCCGAAGGCCCAGCGGCACUGACAUGGUUCUACCAAACCCCGACUGGAAAGCCUGUGGCCUCCCCACCCCAGCUCUUCCUUGGCAACCCCCAGGCGGAGUCGCUGGCCAACAAGGCGGUGUACUUUGUGCGGAUCAACACCAAGGGGGUGAGCGCUGAGUCAUGCGAGGCGGACAUCGCCGUUGGAGAGGUGCCCAUGGGUGCUCUGGAGUCUCUGAGAGCGCUCAUGUCUGAGCUGUACCUGCCUGUGCUGAGGGAGGGCGGCAGCUGGGGACGCAGCAGUGACAAACAGACCCACACCUUCCUCAAGAUGGCAACGCAGCUAACCAGUACGCUCACAGAGGCGGUGGCUACAAUGGCGGCUAGUGUGGACUUGAAGGAGCCAGAUCAGGCGCUGCUGGAAGGCCUAGACACCAAACCGGCCUCUCUGGGCCGGGCCGCGGCCGAUGACUCACUUGUCGCCCACGUCGCGGACGUGCUGAUGUCAUGGUGCGCCAGCGUGGACGAGGCGCUGACUCAGCAGCAGACCGCCCAGCACGAGGGUUCGCAGGCGGGGCCGCGCGCCGAGUUGGAGCAGUGGCGGUCGCGGCUGGCGGCGCUGACUCAGCUUACGGAACGGCUGAGGAGCCGCGAGUGUCGCUUAGCCAUCGGCAUCGCCGGCGCGGCCCGGUGCAAAGCGCACAAAGCGUGGCGCGACGCCGAAGCCAAGCUGACAGACGCGGUGAACGAGGCCCGGGACAAUCUGAAAUACCUUCGAGCCCUGGACGCCAGCUGGGAGCCGAUUUAUCAGCAGUCCAGCCUUGCAGCCGUCCACAAUUGCCUGCCAGCUGUGCUCGCCAACAUCUACACCAUGCACACAAUCUCACGGUAUUAUGCGCUGCCGGAGCGUCUGACGGCUUUCCUGCAGAGCGUGACUCAGCAGCUGAUCGACUGCUGUCGCGGCUUCCUGGGAGCCGCCGGGAAGCUGUGGGAUCAGGACAAGACAGCGCUCAUCGCCAAGCUCGGCGCCGCCGUCGGCCUGAGAGACGCCUACCUGGACGCCUACAGGUUGACUAAAAUCCUGACUAAUUUAUUCCAGACAUGGCCGUUAUUCUGGUUCGAGGCGAAUGAGGCCGCAGUGUUUGGACAGAUGGACCUGUUUGCCAAGCGCUGCCGCAAGCUCAUAGAGCUUUUCACCAUCAUCCACCAGUUCUCUGAGCUGGCCAAGCACACGCACAUAGAGGGUCUGCAGGCAAUAAUGCGGCGCUUCGGUGAGAUAGUGGAGGAGGUACGCCGCAAGCCGUACGACCUCCUGGAUGCGCAGAAGAACAUCUUCGACCGAGACUUCCUCGAAUUCAACGUCCACAUCAACGACCUCGAAAUCGCCCUCAGCACCAGCAGUGUCCUGCAGGGCUUUGUGCAUGCGUCGUUUGAGGGCAUAAAGAGCACGGAAGCUGCGCUGCGGCUGCUGCGGCAGUUCAGGAGCGUGCUGCAGCGCGACUCCCUGAAGGCUGACCUGGACGCCAUGUACUCGGUGAUAUUUCAGCGUUUUGCAAAAGACUUGGAGGCGGUACAGGGCAUGUAUGAGAGGGGCAAGCGGCGGCCGAUGCUUCCGAGGGGAACUCCUCCGGUGACCGGGCACAUCCUGUGGGCGCGUCAGCUCCUGCGCCGCAUCGAGCCCCCCAUGGCCCAGUUUGCCAGGAACAAGGAACUCAUGGCCGCCAAAGAGAGCAGGCCCAUCAUCCAACUCUACAACAGGGUUGCUCGCGCGUUGGUGGAGUAUGAGAUUGUGUGGCAUGCCAGCUGGCUCAAGGGGGUUGAUUCAGCGCUGGGCGGCCUCUCAUGCACCCUCAUCUGCCAGGACCCCAGCUCAGGGAGGCACCACGUGAAUUUCCAGAGGUCUUUGUUGGAGUUGAUCCGCGAGGCGCGUUCUCUCGGACGGCUGGGCAUAGAAGUGCCCGAAGCUGCACGGCUGGCGCUGACCCAGGAGCACAAGUUCCGGGCGUACUACGACCGGCUUUGUCACCUUUUGCUGGAGCAUGAGAGGGUUGUGAGCAGCGUUCCUGCCGCUGCGCUGCCGCUGCUUGAACCUCAGUUGGCAGCGAUGGAGGCUCGCCUCAGGCCGGGUGCCACAGUGCUGACGUGGGCGAGCAUGAACAUCGACGGCUACCUCCACUUUGCGCACCAGGGGUUGUCGCAGCUGGAAGGACUGGUGACCAAGGUGGCGGACGUGCUUCACAGUCGAGCAGACAGCAAUCUGCGCGCGGUGCAAGCAACCCGCCUAGUGGACCUACCCCCCGAGCGGACAUUCGCCGCCGAUGAAUUCGCCUCGCACCAAAGCGGCUUCACCAAACGCCAGACCGAGCGCCUCUCCAUAAGGAACAAGGAGGUUGAGAGGAGCGUGGAUGAGGUGAUCCGACUGGCGGAGCACAGCCCCUGCGGCGACGCGGAGGGAGUCAUUUUGCCUGACAGCGCCAAGGGGGCGUUCCGGCAACACUACUCCCAACGCAUGCACCAGGCUGUCCUGGCAACGACGGGAGACAGCCUGCGCGCAUUGCAGCGGCGAGUCAGCGGUCCGGUCUGCAACGGCGUUCCUGCUGCGCUGUUCCAGGUGGCGGUUGAGCUGAGCGUGCCCAGCGUGGGGCUCAGCCCAUCACCUGCCGCCAUCCAGGCCUCCAUAGACACCGCAGCACAACAGGUGCUGCACUGCUCGAAGGCCCUGAGGGUGUGGGCGGGGGGGCAGCAAGCGGCUGAGUCCUAUGGUGACCUCAUCUCCCGCGAUGCUGACAUCACCCAGGUGGUGCAAGCAUUGGCUGGUGCGGUUGAGGCAAGCACGGCGGGAGUGGCUGCGUUUCUGGGCGGCUUUGACAGCUUCUCCUUCCUGUGGCAGCGGGACAUCGCCACCGAGCACGCCAAAUUCCUCACCAGCAACCCCAAGCUAGAGGAUUUCGAGGGUGAGCUGAAGAAAUACCUGGCGGUAGAAAGAGCGGUGGCAGAGGCAUCGCCCUCGUACAGAGCGGGCACCUUGAUGCUGGACACCUCACCGCUGCGCGCCAGCCUCAAGUCGGAAGUUGCCGCCUGGAAAGCCGCAUUCGCCAGGAACCUGCACCGAAAGGGUGCUGAAGAUCUGCGGGUGUUUGAGGCGUACCUGCGAGAAACGAGUGCCAAGCUGAGUGACAAAGUGGCAGAUCUGGAAGAUGUGCGCAGUGUCAUGCUCACCAUCAAAGAGGUAAACGAGCGGGAGGUGGACAUCGAUGCCCACAUUGCACCCAUUGAGGACAUGUACGCGCUGUUGGCUCGCUACGAGGUGAAGCUGCCGGCGGAGGAGUUGGAUUCGGUGAGUGAUCUGCGGCAGGGAUGGAAGCGUCUGCGACGGCGUGCCAAGGACGCCGGCGAGGAGCUGCACCGCCUGCAGCAGGCGGGCUUUCAGAAGAAGCUGGCGGCGGACGUGGGCAGCUUCGUGGCAGAUGCGCGCAGCUUCCGCAUAGAGUGGGAAGCGAACGGACCCAUGCUCCCUGGCCUAGACCCCAUGGAGGCCGUGGACCGAUUGAAGAAAUUCCAGCAGCCGUUCGAGAUGCGCAAGCGCAAGUGGGACAGCCUGGCGAGCGGCGAGGAGCUCUUUGGCCUGCCCGUAACUCUGUAUCCGGGCCUCGAGAACACCGAGCGCGAACUCUCCAUGCUCAACCGCCUCUACUUGCUGUACGUUACGGUCAUCACCACGAUCCGCGGGUUCGGGGAACUCCUCUGGACGGACGUGGUCGCCCAAAUGGACACCAUGAAUGACACCGUGCUCGCAUUCCAAGCGCAGGCCAAGAAGCUGCCAAAGGCCGCGCUGCGGGAAUGGCAGGCGUUCAAUGACUGCAAGCGGACGAUCGAUGACUUCCUGGAGCAGCUUCCGCUGUUCAAGGCGCUCGCCAGCCGAGCUAUGCGCCCGCGGCACUGGCAGGAGAUAAUGCGCGCCACCGGCACGGAGCUGGACUUAUCCGAGGACGUCUUCAAGCUCGGCCAUCUGCUGGGCGCCAACAUUCUGGCAAGGAGGGACGCCGUCGAAGACCUGGCCUCCGCCGCGCUGAAAGAGGAAGCCAUCGAGGCCAAGCUGGCGGCCAUCGCUCUCGACUGGGGUGACAUGGCGCUCACUUUCCAGGAGUACAAGUCCAGAGGCGCCGUCGUGCUCAAGCCGAGCGAGACGGCGGAGCUGGUGGAGAAGUUGGAGGAUGCGCAGAUGGCGCUCGGUUCCAUGGCGACCAACAGAUUUGCGGUGCCCUUCCGGGAACAGGUCACCACCUGGCUCGGAAAGCUCGGCCUUAUAGAGCAGUGGCUGGCGGUUCAGAACCUGUGGAUGUACGUUGAAGCCGUCUUCUCAGGCGGAGACAUUGUCAAGCAGCUGCCGCUCGAGGCCAAGCGUUUCCAAAACAUCGACAAGUCCUUCAUGAAGGCUCGAUUCCUGCUUGAGACACAAAACGUGUUGGCUGUCUGCGUGAGCUCGGACAUGCUGCGUUCCCUCCUGCCCACGCUACUGGAGCAGCUGGAGCUGUGCCAGAAAUCACUCAGCGCCUACCUGGAGACCAAGCGGGCGGAGUUCCCUCGUUUCUAUUUCGUCAGCGACCCCACUCUGCUCGAGAUAUUGUCCCUUGGCAGUGACCCGCCAUCUGUCGUGCCCCACUUCCAGUCUGGGCUGUUCGACUCGCUGUCCAACGUCACCUUUGACAAGGCUGACAAGGGUAGAAUUCUGGAGAUGUACAGUCAGCAGGGCGAGAAGGUGGAGCUGGAGCAACCAGUGGAGGCCAAGGGAAUGGUGGAGGGCUGGCUACAGCGGCUGGUGGACGGUAUGCAGGGAACGAUGAAGGCGAUAAUAAAACGCGCGCACAGAAAUGUCAUCGAGAUGAAACUCCAGGACUUCAUCUUCUCGCACCCGGCGCAGGUGGCGCUGCUGGGCCUGCAGUUCCAGUGGACCGCCGACACUCAGGCAAGUGCGGCGCUCGUGGCGGCCAAGACGGACAAGACAGCGAUGGUGAAAGCGGCGAGGAAGGCAGAUGGUCUUCUACGCGAGAUGGUUGCGAUAACUCUGAAGAGUGACCUGUCGCGCAUUCAGCGCACCAACCUCGAGACCUGCAUCACCGUCCACAUGCACCAGAAGGAAACCUCCGAGGACCUGGUUCGGAAGAAGGUGCGGGACCCGACGGACUUCGAGUGGCUGAAGCAGUGCCGAUUCUACUGGCGCGAUGAUCGCGACACAGUCAUCAUCUCAAUCUGCGACGUCGACUUCGAAUACUCCUUCGAAUACCUGGGUGUCAAGGAGCGCCUCGUCAUCACGCCGCUGACGGAUGUCUGUUACGUAACCCUCAGUCAGGCGCUCGGCAUAUGCCAGGUCUGGCAUUUCACGGGAAGUCAAGAGCUGAGUCAUGCCUGCACACUCGCACAGGAUCUGGGCAACACUCUGGGCAAGUACGUGGUGGUCUUCAACUGCUCCGACCAGAUGGACUACAAGGGCAUGGGGAAAAUAUACAAGGGGCUCGCGCAGAGCGGCCUCUGGGGCUGCUUCGACGAAUUCAACCGCAUAGACCUCUCUGUGCUCUCCGUCUGCGCGCAGCAGGCAAGAGUCUACUGCGUGUUGAGCGCCAUACGAGAGCGGAGAAAGCAGUUCACAUUCACGGAUGGCUCGUCGGUUUCGUUGGACCCUAGGGUAGGUUUCUUCAUCACCAUGAACCCGGGGUACGCGGGGCGUCAGGAGCUGCCGGAAAACCUAAAGGCGCUCUUCAGGGGCGUCACCAUGAUGGUCCCCAACCGCCAGAUCAUCAUGAAGGUGAAGCUGGCGGCGUGCGGCUACCAGGAGAACGAGGUGUUGGCGAAGAAGUUCCAUGUGCUGUACGGGCUGUGCGAGCAGCAGCUGUCCAAACAGCCCCACUACGACUUUGGGCUGCGCAACAUCCUCUCCGUGCUCCGAACCGCCGGGGCCUCCAAACGCGCCAACCCCGACAAGAGCGAGGUGUUUCUGAUGAUGCGCACGCUGCGCGACAUGAACAUGAGCAAGUUUGUGGCCGAGGACGUCCCGCUGUUCACCAGCCUCAUCGAAGAUCUUUUUCCCGCGCAGAAGGCCGACCGCGCCCAGUUUCCAGACAUCUCCGCCGCCCUCAAAAAGGUGGUGGCUGAGCGCGGCCUGCAGGCGCACCAAUCUUGGCUCAACAAGUGCAUCCAGCUUUAUGAAACCUACCUCGUUCGCCAUGGUAUCAUGCUCGUGGGGCCUUCCGGCUCCGGCAAGACUACCAUCAUGGAGUGCCUCGCUGCUGCGCUCACCGAGCUCGGGACCAAGACUGUGCUCUGGCGCAUGAACCCGAAGGCGCGCACACCCGCUGCAUGCUGCUGUUUUGUUGCGCAGGCGGUGACCGCGCCACAGAUGUUUGGGAGAAUGGACGCAGCAACCGGCGACUGGACCGACGGGAUCUUUGCAGUGCUGUGGCGGCGUGCGGCGAAAAAUAAGAAUCAAAACACCUGGAUUGUUCUGGACGGCCCGGUGGACGCCAUCUGGAUCGAGAACCUCAACACUGUGCUGACGCUGGCGAACGGCGACCGAAUUCUGAUGACGGGACAAAUGAAGGCCUUCUUCGAGCCCGAAAAUCUGAACAAUGCAUCCCCGGCCACGGUUUCUCGCGCUGGCAUCAUCUAUGUCUCAGACUCCGAGCUCGGCUGGCAGCCCAUUGUAGCCUCCUGGCUGCAGGCAAGCGCCCUGUUUAUGCUUGCAAUGUUGCUGCAGCCCUGCUUUGACCGCUACGUUGACCGAAUGCUGGACUUCAUCAGGACGAACUUGAAGCCGGUGAUGCACAACGAGGCGGCCUGCCAGGUCAGCACGCUGCUGACGCUGCUUGAGGGGUCCCUGGCGGCAGGGGAUCCCCCGGCAGAUCCCCCCUCCCCGGCAGCGGCCGCCGCGCAUGCGGAGCGCGUGUUUGUUUUCUGCCUCACCUGGAGCCUGGGUGGAUUACUACACGAGAGGGAUCGCCCGGCGUUCGAUGCCGAGCUGCGCAGGCUCGCCCCUGCAGACCUGAUGCCCCCCAAGGGGGAUGAAGGCGACACAAUGUACGAGUGGAUGGUGCGGGAAGACGGCGGCGGCUGGCGCCACUGGCGAGACCGGGUGCCCCAGUGGAUCUACCCUUCGGAGGCGGAGCGUCCGAAUUUUGCGCAGAUGCUCAUCCCCACGCUCGACUCUGUUCGCUACGAGCACCUUCUGCAUCUUGUCUACUCCGUCGGCAAGGCGUCUCUGCUUGUGGGCGGACCGGGCACAGCCAAAACUUCCAUUGUGAACCAGUUUCUGCUGCGCUUUCCUCCAGACGAGGCGACUUCCAAAACCAUGACCUUCUCUUCGCUCACAACCCCCGCCAUCUUCCAGACAGCCGUUGAGGGGUGUGUGGAGAAGAGGCAGGGGCGCACCUAUGGCCCGGUGGGCGGCAAAACGAUGGCCAUCUUUGUGGACGACCUGUCCAUGCCAGCUGUCAACGAGUGGGGAGACCAGGUGACUAAUGAGAUAGUGCGUCAGCUGCUGGAGCAGGGCGGCAUGUACUCGCUGGAGAAACCCAUCGGAGACAUGCGCUACAUCGUUGACACCCGGUUUGUGGCGGCUAUGAAUGUACCCGGGGGAGGAAAGAAUGACAUCCCCAACCGACUCAAGCGGCAGUUUGCAAUCUUUUAUGUGCCACCGCCGUCGCCAGUCGCAGUCAACACAAUUUUUGGAGCCCUCGUGCAGGCAAGCCCUGGCCGCUUCGACGCGUCUAGAUUCUCUACAGAUGUGGUUGACGUCGCUUCAAAACUGGUUCCUGCCACGCUGGCGCUGUGGGGAAAAGUGGCCGCCAAACUGCUGCCAACUCCAGCCAAGUUCCACUACUUGUUCAACAUGCGCGAAUUGUCCAAGGUGUUCCAAGGACUGCUAUUGGCGGAUCGCAGCCGCUUCGACCGGUCGGUGGCGGCCGCGGCCGGCAGUUUUGGCGGCGAUGUAACCACCCCUGCAGGAUAUUUAGCAGCCCUUUGGGUCCACGAAUGCGGCAGAGUCUUCGGCGACAAGAUGAUUACCAAGGAGGACGGCGCCUGGGUUGACAACGCCAUCCGAGACCUGGCCAAGCAGCACUUCCCGCCGGAAGUUGCCGCGCAGCUGAAGCGGCCACUGCACUUCGUGGACUUCCUUCGCGAGCCCGUUACGGACCCGGAGACCGGAGAAGUAAUCGACGCGCAUCCAUCCGUCUACGAGUCCGUAGUUGGCGGUCUGCCGGACAUCAGGAAGCGCGUGGAGGCGCUGCAGCGGCGGUUCAACGAGGAGAGCCGCGGGCAGAAGCUGGAGCUGGUUCUGUUCCAGGACGCGCUGACUCACCUCAUGCGCAUUAGUCGCCUGCUGGCCAUGGAGAGAGGGAACGUUCUGCUCGUCGGCGUCGGCGGCUCCGGGAAACAGUCACUCGCGCGCCUGGCCGCCUACAUCGCCGGCGCUUACUGUUUCCAAAUCACGCUGACCAAGACUUACAACGCCUCCAACUUGUUUGAAGACCUCAAGGCGCUCUACAAAAUCGCCGGAGUCAAGGGACAACCGGUCGCCUUCAUCUUCACGGAUGCCGAGGUCAAAGAGGAGGGUUUGCUGGAAUACAUAAACCAAUUACUAAUGACCGGUGAGGUGGCGGGCUUGCUUCCAAAGGAAGAGCUGGACGCCAUUUUGAACGACGUGCGGCCAGUCUUCAAACGCGAGUGCAUGGGCGUCCCGGACACGGCCGACAACUUGUACGCAUUCUUCCUGGGCCGAGUGCGAGACCGCCUGCAUGUCAUUCUCUGCUUCAGCCCGGUCGGCAACAAAUUCGCGCGCCGCGCACAACAGUUCCCGGGCCUCAUCAACGGGUGCACGAUCGAUUGGUUCCUGCCGUGGCCUGAAGAGGCGCUGACUGAGGUGGCGGGGAAAUACAUCGACGAAUUCCCCAUGUCCUGCCCAGACCCGGUGAAGGCGUCUCUCAAGAGCUUGAUGGGGUCGGUGCAUGUGGGAGUGACCGCCGCAUGCCAAGAGUACUACGAGCGAUUCAGGCACGCCUCGAAAUCUCAGCGGCAUGUGUAUGUGACCCCAAAAUCUUACAUGUCAUUCCUGGACGGAUUCCGGACGCUCUACGCCUCAAAGUUGGCUGAAACACGCGAACUUGCGGGUUCAAUAAACAACGGUCUCCAGAAAAUGGACGGCGCCAAAGUGGAUGUCAAUCGCAUGAAGGGUGAGCUGGCGGUGAAGAACCUCGAGCUGGCGGCGGCCAGCCAGGAAGCUGAGAAGCUGCUGCGUGACAUCAGCGACAGCACGGCCAUCGCAGAAAAGGAAAAGGCCAAAGUCGCAGUCAUUCUUGACCAAGUGUCAGCCACCGCAGCGGAAAUCGCAGCGGUGAAGGACGACGCAGAGAAGGACCUGGCUGCGGCAAAGCCAGCUCUGGACGCUGCUCUCUCUGCAUUGAACAGCAUCACUCCAAAGGACAUCGUUGCGUUGAAGGCGCUGAAGAAUCCGCCGGACAUCGUGAAGCGCAUCUUUGACUGCGUGCUGCUGCUGAGGUAUCUGCCGGUGCAGAAGGUUGCUUGGCAGGAGGUGAAGGGCAGCCAGGUGCUGGUGGGAAACUAUGACGAAGCAGUCAAGAUGAUGGGCGACACAGCGUUCUUGUCAUCGCUCAUCAACUUCCCCAAAGAGGCCAUCACCGACGAGACCGUUGAGCUGCUGCGGCCCUACUUCAGAGCGCCCGACUUCAACUUUGACUCGGCCAAAAAGGCAAGCGGCAACGUGGCGGGACUCUGCAACUGGGCAGAGGCCAUGUGCACAUACCAUGACGUGGCAAAGGUGGUCGAGCCAAAAAUCGUGGCGCUGCGUGGGGCAGAGAGUGAGUUGAAGGUUGCAACCAAGGAGAAGGACGAGGCUGUCGCUGAGCUGGCGAUCGUGCAGUCCAAGCUGGACGUCAUGCAGGCGGAGUUCGAUGCGGCGAUGGCGCAGAAACAAGCGCUGGAGGAGGAUGCAGCGGCCACAGAGCGGCGAAUGUGCGCGGCAAACGCUCUUCUAGGAGCGCUGGCAGGAGAGGAAGGGCGCUGGACCGAACAGUCCAAGGCCUUCGACGACCAGAUCCAACGCCUGACUGGCGACUGCGCGAUUGCGAGCAGUUUUGUGUCGUACCUCGGCCCGUUCAACCGCGAGUUCCGGGAGCUGUUACUAACGCGUGACCUGCUGGCCGGCUGCCGUAAACUCAACAUCCCAUUUACGAAGGACAUGAAGGUCUCCAGCUUUCUCGCUGAUGACGCUGAGGUUGGAGAGUGGACGCUGCAGGGCCUGCCGACGGACGAGCUGAGCGUGCAGAAUGGCAUUCUUGUGGCGCGCGCGUCUCGAUUCCCCGUGCUUAUAGACCCUCAGGGGCAGGGACGCGCUUGGCUGCUGCAGCGGGAAGCUUCCAAGGGGCUGCGCGUCAGUCACCUGCCCGACAAAAACUUCCGCGCCGACUGCCUGUCGAAUGGCAAGCCGCUGCUGAUAGAGAACAUAGAGGAGGAGCUGGACCCAAUUUUGGACCCCGUGCUCGAAAAGAGAUUCAUCCGCCAGGCACGCGGCCUGACGCUGCAGCUCAACGACAAAGAGGUGGAAUACAACGAGGGCUUCAGGCUGUAUUGUACCACGCGGCUGCCGCGGCCGCACUACACACCAGAAUUAUCCGCCAACGUGACACUUGUCAACUUUACUGUCACGCAAGCCGGCCUGGAAGACCAGCUGCUGGGCAAGCUCAUCCUCCAGGAGAAGCAGGAGCUUGAGGAGCAGCGGCUGGCGCUGAUGGAGGAGGUGCAGAGCUACCGGCGACGCAUCAAGCAGCUCGAGGACGACCUCCUCUUCAGGCUGUCCAACUCGCAGGCACGCUACCUCUGCCCUGCCAGAUGUCUUCUGCAAAUCUCAAAUGGCAACCUCCUGGACGACACCGAGCUCAUCGGCGUGCUGGCCGUCACCAAAGCCACGGCCGCGCAGGUAAACGCCAAGCUGGCAGGCGCGUCCGAAGCGCGCCGCCGCAUCGGCGAGGCUUGCGAAGAGUACCGGCCGGUGGCGCACCGCGCGCAGAUCAUUUAUUUUCUGAUCGCGCAAUUCUCCACCGUCAACUGCAUGUAUCAGACCUCGCUCGCGCAGUUCAAUCAGCUGUACGAGGUGGCCAUAGACACAGCCGAGCGCUCAGCCAUCUCCUCCAAGCGAAUCCACAACAUCAUAGACCAUCUCACCUAUGAGAUUUACCUCUACAUUCAGCGCGGCCUAUUCGAGCGCCACAAGAUCAUCUUUGCCCUGCUGCUCGCCAUCUCUGUGUUGACCUCCGCGGGCAAGAUAAAGCCGGAGGAGGUGGACAUCUUCCUGAAGGGCGGCGGCGCGCUCAAUAUCAACAGCGUCAAGAAGAAGCCCAAGGAGUGGAUUCCGGAUGCGGUGUGGCUGGGCGUUGUGGCGCUUGGAGACAUGGGCGCGUUCCGAGACAUUGUCGAGGCAGUCACUCGCGCCGAGGGGCAGUGGCGCCGAUGGUACGAUGCUGAAGCGCCGGAGAGGGCGCCCGUACCGGAGUACGGAGAUCGGCUUUCCAAAUUCGAGCGCAUGUGCAUCGUGCGGGCGUGGAGGGAGGAUCGCACUUUGGUGGCGGCUGCUGAUGUCAUCGCUGAUGCGCUGGGUCAGCGUUUCGUGGACAGCGUGCCGCUGAACAUGGAGCGGGCAUGGGCUGAGUCAUCGCCACGCGUGCCCCUCAUCUGCCUGCUCUCGCCAGGCGCGGACCCCACGAAGCUGAUAGAAGACCUGGCGAAGCGCAAGAAGAUCCGGACCAUGGGAGUAUCAAUGGGGCAGGGGCAGGAAAUAAUCGCACACAACCUCUUGACCGCCGCCCGCGCCGAUGGCCAGUGGCUUCUGCUGCAGAACGCGCACCUGGGGCUCGCCUACCUGUCAGAGCUGGAGGGCGUGCUUUCGAAGACGGAGGGAGUCCACGAGAACUUCAGGCUGUGGAUCACUGCGGAGCCUCACGCGGCGUUCCCUAUCGGCCUGCUCCAGAUGGGCAUCAAGCUUACUAAUGAGGCCCCCGUCGGCAUCCAAGCCGGCCUGCGCGCCUCCUACCAGUGGGUCAAUCAGGACAUUUUGGAUGCGGUCAACAGACACGAGUGGAGGCAGCUGCUCUUUGUGAUGACGUUCCUGCACAGCGUGGUCCAGGAGCGACGCAAAUUCGGCCCCAUCGGAUGGAAUGUGCCUUACGAGUUCAACCAGUCCGACCUCUCCGCAUGCGUCCAAUUCCUGCAGAAUCACCUGUUGGAGAUGGAGGCGAAGCGCGCGAGCGCACCCACUUGGGAGACGGUGCGAUACAUGGUGUCGGCCAUCCAGUACGGCGGCCGCAUCACCGACGAAUUCGACAAGCUCCUCAUGGACACCUACGCCGAGAAAUACUUCCAGCAGGCGCGCGGCGGUGCGCUGCUGCCAAACUACGUGCUACACAAGGACAUCAAGGAGGGGGUCUCAUACACCGUCCCCCAAGGGACGGAGAUUGAGAUAUACCGGAAGGCAAUUGAGGAGGUUCCCAGCCAAGACAACCCGGAGCUGUUUGGGCUGCACCCCAACGCAGACCUCACCUUCCGAACCCUCCAGGUGCAAGCGGCGGUGCAACUGGUGUUAGAGACGCGGCCGCAGGGCGGGUCGGCCGCGGGCGGCAGCAGCCGCGAAGACGCCAUCGACCGCCUCUGCGAAGACCUGCUCUCCAAGGCACCGGCGCAGUUUGAGCGGGAGGAGGUUCGGGAGAAGCUGCGGCGGCUGCCGGGAGGGCCGUCUCAGCCGCUGACGGUGCACCUGCGGCAGGAGAUCGACCGCAUCAACACCGUCAUCGGCCUGACCACCGCCACGCUGCGCAAUCUGCGCCUCGCAGUGGCAGGCACCAUAGCGCUGAGCGCGCAGCUUACAGAGUCCCUCGAGGCUCUUUACAACGCGCGAAUACCCCGAGACUGGCUUGCCAAAAGCUGGGAAGCUUCCACCCUCGGCAGCUGGUUUGCAGGAUUGCUCGCGCGCCACGACCAGCUGUCGCGUUGGCUCAACUCCGGCCGGCCCAAGGCCUACUGGCUCACCGGCUUCUUCAACCCCCAGGGAUUCCUGACGGCGGUGAAGCAGGAGGUGAACCGGCGCCACACGGGCGACAAGUGGGCGCUGGAUGACGUCGUGCUGACUAGCGAGGUGACUCACCCCGCCAGACUAGACGCCGACGCCAUCAAGGAGGCCCCCGCGGAGGGAGUCUUUGUGUACGGCCUCUACCUGGAUGGCUGCGCUUGGAGCGCGAAAGAAAAUUGGCUCAUCGAUGCGGAGCCGAAGAAACUCUUCAACCCGCUACCAGUUCUGUACGUCACCGGAGUGCAGGCAAAGGACAAGAAGAAGAGCGGUGUGUUUGAGGCGCCGGUGUACCGGGUCAAGAAACGCACGGGGCUCAAUUACAUAACCAGCUUCCCUCUGCGCACGGAUGAGCCCUCCUCCAAAUGGAUCCUGCGCGGAGUCGCGCUGCUGUGCUCCGUCGAUUGA